UGGCCCUUUGCGAGCGAAGCGGGAAGAAGACUGACGAAAGAGUGCGAAAAGGGAGAAAGGAAGGCGUGAUUGAGUGCAUUGAGCCCAAGGUUUCAUUCAUAUUGAUGACCGAAGCAACCACCGACGUCACACACUCGCAAACUGCACACAAUGGGGCUGCCUCCACUGCAGAUAUGCACGCACUCAUCAUCAUCUACAUAUUCUGAUCUGAUCCACUCAUUCUUGCCGCUGCGCUGCACCCGCCAGCACGACUGUGCUCCCAACGCGAGCCCGUGGUCAUCGCCGGGAGAGCCAACUCGUCAAAGCAUCUCGUCAAAUCAAGAACGCGCCUCACCGCUGCGACUGUGUGGCAGCGUGGCUUGACUUGACAAGACCCUUAUCCAUCCAGCAGGCUUUGCAGGAGGCCGGCGUGCUCGUCCUGUUCAUGCGGCGGCUCCUGCUCCUCUGUCUUCUCGGCCCGCAGGCCCUGCUCAUGGGGACGCUCAUCGGCCUCUUCCUCCCCAUCUGAUAAACACAACAGACAGACACGGAAGCCCCUCACAUGACACGCAUGUCUGUCUUAUUGAUCCUAAGUCGGCUGUGUGCUGGCGGGCUCAGCUCACCGAGUAGGAAUUCCAGGCUUCUCGCGUGGCGGUCUUUCUGCCGCUUUUGCUCGUCAAGAGGGACGAUGGCACCAUGCAUCUGCACGGCAGUGCGGGGCACACAGACGUGACGUGAGUGACGCAGCGAGUGGGGCGGGCGGCUGCCCCGGUGUUGUGUGUGUCACGUACAUACCUCUUCGUAUGGUGCCCGGGUGAGCUCCCCCCUGUCACGCUUGAGUGCCUCCUCAAUCUGACACAGACAGGCGGGCAUACACAGACAGGCGGGGGUCGAUGGGCGGCCUGCAUGCGCGUCAUUGGGCCGUGCCGUCCCGUACCUUGUCGGGUGCCCUUCUCUCCUCGACUUUGAAUUUGUCUUUGAUCUGCUUCUCAGACACCUCGGGGAACAUCGACUUGACCAACAUCAGAUCCGACCCAAACGUGCGCAGCGCCUCAUAAAACCUGAAGGAUGGAUGGGCGCAUCCCAUGCAUGGAAUGGAUGGGCCGGUCACAGGCACACGGCACGGCACUGCCUGUCUGUCUGCUUCGCCUGCCCUGCCCAUGGUAAGUACCUGACCUGUCGGUAGCCUCUUGUGUCCAUCUGUGUGCCUUUGUGUUCUUGUAGGCCUUGUCGAAGGGUUGCACCGACCCCUGCUGCACCUCAUACGCCACCCCGCCCUCAUACAGCACACACUCCUCCUCAACACCCAUAUGCCGACCCGCACCGAUCUCCCGCGUCUCCUCGUCUAUCACCAACUCGCCGUCCUCACCGAUGCGCACCUGGGGGGCCGCGUGGAAGCGAGGGGCGGCGGCGGCCGCCGAGGACGGCCUGGCCAGAGCCGUGCUCGUGCCGCCGUCUGAAUGCCAACACACCGGCACACACACAGAGAGCUGAGAUGUGGGUGGGGUGCUAGGUGUUUCGGUGGGUUGGUAGGUACCGAGCAGCCCCAGGAGUGACUUCAUGCCAUUGUCGUCGUCUUGUCCGCCGGACAUCCCCUCAUCGAGCAGCAUGGUGUCUGCAGCGGACAUGUCAGGUGGCGGCUUGCGGUGCUGACGAGGGGGGCUGCGGUUGGCCCGCACGAUGCCCCAGAUGCUGUCAGGGUCUGAUGGAUGGAUGGACGCACAGCAACAGCCAAGGGAGAGAGCAUUCAUCCGUGUGUGUGUCUUGAUCUCACUCAUUGUCUCUCCGUGGUGCCUUCUUACCGACUGGUUCCCUUUUGACGCGGGGUUUCUUUCUCUUGGUCUGGGGCGCAUCGUCGAGGCCCUUUGUUUGCUUGAUUUCCUCCGCCUUGUCCUUGUACGCCUGCCGCUGUUGGUCGGUGAAGGCCUUCCACUGGCCCGACAGCGACUGCAUCACCUGCUUCUGCGUCAUGCCCUCGAAACCGCUCCGAUUGGCCUUUCGACGCUCCUAAGACAUCCACACACACACACACACACACACACAAAAUACAUCUGAGAUCCCGCGGCAUGUCUUUGUGAAUGUGUUCUCACCGCACAGAAGACGAUGAAUCCCGUGAGAUGCCUCUUGCGCUGCUUCUUGUGAGUCCCAGUGGGGGAGGACAUGCCGCCAUCCUCACCCCCCCCUGCAGCAGCAGCAGCAGCUCCGCCAGGGUAGUCGACUGCCGCCGGGUCGUACUCCUCAUCGUCCUCGUCCCGCCGCCGCUGCCGCCUCUUCUUCUUGCCGGCCUUUUUGGCAGAGGGUUGUGGUGGUGGGACCAGUGGUGGUGGUGGUGGUAGCGGUGGCCACGUGAAUUCAGGGGGAAUCUCCAUCUGCUCGGCCUCCUGCUCCAUCCCCUGCUCCUCCUCUUCGGCUUCUUCCAGGUGAGGGUAGUCACCCGCCAUUUCAGCCUCAGCCAUCACAUCAAGAGGAGGAGGCAUGUCCACCCCCGCCCCUGCAGGCCCACCUCUCUUCCGCUGGGUGGCGCCAGUGCCGGCAGCGGCAGUGCUCCGCCCCCUGGACCGCUUGGACGACCUCGCUGGUCGACUUGGGGGCAUCCCGACGUCCUCAUCCAGCACCGGCAGCCCCCCCACACUCUCACUCAGCGGCACUCCUCCCCCAUCCCCGAUAGAAUGCGCCAGCAUAGGCUGCGGCGGACCUCGCUCACGCACGCUCUCAGCCCUAUGUGGCCGUAGCCGCACCUCUGAAGGAGCUGAGCCUCGCCGAUUGCUGCCCACCGGAGGGCUCGUCCUCAUCGACCGUGUGCCCCGCUGCCCGAGGCCAUCCAUCGGCAGCUGGACGUCCAUCUGAGGGGACAUUGGUGUGAAGUGCCGGUCCGAGAAGGUGGCGAGUCUCCCGGGCUCUGUCCUGUCGGCCAGAUAGGGGACUCUGGUGAAGGACAGCGCCCUGUCGGGCCUGCUGCGGGUCGGGGGCGGGCGGGGAGGGGUGAGGGACGAAAGAUGGACAGGGGGGAUGGAUGAGGAAGAGGAUGACGCUGCCACCGCUGGCGCAGCAGCAGUUGCUGCGGCUGCGGAUGGUUCUGAAGGAAGAUAACACGAGCCGACCACACACGCUGGUAUUCGCAUGCAUUGCUCAUCUGAACGAAUAUCCCUACGUACCCGGCGACAGUUGAUGCUCAGCCUCGGCUCCGGCCCUGUGAUUGCGUUCGCCCCUGUCCUCGGCAGUGCCAUUGAGCUCUCCCUGCGCCUGGAGCAGACUCAGCAGCUCUCCAAGGCCGUCAUUGUCGAAAUCUGUCAUCAUGACCUGACGCAGAGGACAGCCUGUCCUUUCUGAAGGCUCUUUUUUCAAAGCCGUUC